AUGGUUAGUUCAGCUAAUAUGGACAGACUGGAUGAAUACAAUGAUUCUUUCAGAGGUUGGGAGAGUAGUGUGUGGCAUGGUUUUCACCUGGAGGACUGGAGAAGACAUGGAGCCAUCAACAGAGUUGCCUAUUUUGAGGUGGAGAUACUGGAUCACAAGAGCAAGGUGCAACUCUGCUACCUGGAUAAGGUGGAACCCAAUGCCACCAUUGCAGAGAUUAAGACUUUGUUGCACAGGAUCUACCCCAAGUUUUAUCCAUCAAGACAGGCGCUGAAGCUGCAUCCUGAGGGAAAGGCCCUCAAGGACGAUGAUGUGCUGGAAGAUCUACCAGUUGGGACAACUGCAACGAUGUUCUUCCAAGACCUCGGCCCACAGUUAGGGUGGACUAUGGUAUUUCUAGCAGAGUGUCUUGGGCCGCUUUUCAUUUAUUUGCUGUUCUACUGCCGUCUUCCAUUCAUCUACAGUUAUGAGUAUGACUAUACACAAAGCCCAUUCAAAGUUGUCAAGUUAGCUUGUUGGUGCCACUCUCUGCAUUACAUUAAGAAGCUUGUGGAAACCAUUUUUAUCCAUCGCUUUUCAGGCGGAACUUUACCUUUACGCACCAUCAUGCUGCUCUGUCUGUACUAUUGGGGGUUUGCAACAUGGCAGGCCUAUUACAUCAACCAUCCGCUCUAUACACCACCAACCUAUGGGAGACUCCAAAUCUUCUGUGGACUGGCAAUGUUUUUGGUUUGUGAGUGUGGAAACCUUUCAGUUCACCUGAUUCUGAAUCGAAUAAGCUCUAAUGGGUCCAGGCCUACAGAGAUCCCUUAUCCCACAAAGAAUCCCUUCACUUGGCUCUUUUUCUUCGUGUCCUGCCCAAACUACACAUAUGAGGUAGGAUCAUGGCUCAGCUUCACAGUCAUGACACAAUGUUUUCCAGUUGGGGUUUUCACAUUUUUGGGUUUCGUUCAGAUGACUAUAUGGGCUCGGGAAAAGCAUAAAACCUACACCCAGGAGAUCAAAGACUAUCCAGAAAUGAGAACGGCCAUCAUUCCACUCUUCCUCUAGAGCUAUUAAGAUGAAACUACAUGCACUUUUGCCAUUGGAUGCCUCACCAAAUAUCAUGUUAUGAGCAGCAAAAUAAGGCCUAUAUAUUCUUUUUCUCUGCCAGGCCUGGUAAUUUUCUUUCAGACACAAUUCAUUUUGUGUGAUGUUCUCUCUGAAGUGAAAUGGUAAUUACUGUAAUUACAUUAAUUAUGAAGAGAUUAAUACUGAGGAUAGAGGUAGUACUGCAAGGUUG